UUUUCCUUCCCCAUUUCAGGAUCUCAUGUUUUGAGUUUGUUCAGCAAUUUUCUUGCAUGGUAAAAAUAUAGUUUUCCUUCUGUAGAGUAUUAAUCUUUGUUUCCCUUUUCGUCUAGCUGUAGCUUAGCUUUCCCUUGCUGUUUGCGGAUAUCUUCUCCUUUUCUUCACAAGUAUCCUCGACCUGGAUACUAAUAAAAAUCUCAACGUUAAAGCAGCCGAUAUUUCCACUUUGACAUAGAGCUCUAAAUGAUUAAAAGGAAUAUGGCUGCAACGACUGAACACCAAAAUCUUAGUUCCAAAAAUGGGUCUAAGCAGAAAGAGACCAUGUACGACCCGUACCAAAAGAGUUUGCUGCCUCCAUCUGAAGAGAAGUCGAGCAAGGGGAAGUGCUACAACUUCGUCAAAAUUUUCAAGGUAGCAGGGGACGACACUUCUUCAAGCAAUAAAGAUCAGAAACGAGAUAAGGCAGCAGCAAGAGCACCACCACCAGUUUCUUAUGGGAAUGCUACCCUAAACAAUAAAGACGAAGGGAGCUCGUCACAGAAGAGAAAAAUUCCCAAGACUUACGUCGAUCCACAUAUGGUUCAAGGUUUUAAACUCUAUGAGAUGUCACUCGAAAUUAUGCUUCUCAAGGAUGGAAGGGACGAUUCGUUCAAGACAAUCGGAGUUGUUGGGCUGCCUAGUGUUGGAAAAACGACACUUUCCAUAUCUCUUUAGUGAAUGGCUCGUGCAAUACAUAUAUUAUCCCGUCCAUAAAGUCCUUAAGUCCCAUACUUCCCAUGAUGAAUCUAUGAAUAUAGCCAGAAAUUUCACUUAUCUUUUUGAUGAUGUGGUGUAGGCCAGUAAUCUGGCAGAGCUUAUUGA